ACGCGACGCACUGGUGCGCGUUUGCGUGACCGAUCACGACCGCCUUUUAAUCCGCCCUCGAUGCUGUGGCCUCCAUUCUCUCGAUUCUAGGCAUUUCCUUUCUCCUCCAUCUCUUCCUCCUCCAUUCUCCUCUUGCUGGAUCAUCCGCCGUGUCGAUCGUUGCAUGCGCGCGGCCUCGCGAUGCUUCUUUCGAUCCGAUCCACGCGCGGCAGUGAUAUUUCGAUCGAUCGGCGAGGGAUGAGAGCUUCGGCGAUGGCGCUACUGCUGGCGCUCCUCGGAUUCUUGCUGGUCGCCGGCGAUGGCCAGAUGCUCUACAAGGAUUCUCGCCAGAGCAUUGAGGCGCGGAUCAAAGAUCUCCUAAGGAGGAUGACGCUCGAGGAAAAGAUCGGGCAAAUGACGCAGAUUGAGAGGGCGGUGGCGAGCCAGGCCGUGGUCAGGCAAUACGGCAUAGGGAGCGUGUUGAAUGGGGGAGGCAGUGCUCCGGCGGAGAGGGCAGCUCCCAAUGUAUGGGAGGACAUGGUCGAUGACUAUCAGAUUGGAGCUAUGAGCACUCGCCUUGGAAUUCCAGUCAUCUAUGGCGUCGACGCAGUGCAUGGUCACAACAAUGUCUAUGGAGCUACCAUUUAUCCUCACAACAUUGGCCUCGGUUCUUCCAGGUACUUACUCAUUCUUUCUCCAUCCAUCUUUUUCCUUCCUUUUUGGUAUGAAAAGUUUUUGGGACUUUUUCUCAGGGAUCCUGAGCUGGUGCGGAGAAUCGGAGCUGCGACUGCGCUGGAAGUGCGAGCGACUGGAAUGCCUUACGCCUUUGCUCCCUGCAUUGCUGUUUGCCGUGAUCCGAGAUGGGGGCGAUGCUACGAGAGCUAUGGUGAAGAUACGCAGCUCGUGAGAAGCAUGACGAAGAUCAUCCAGGGCUUGCAAGGCUCUCCACCACCUAGUCAUCCGUCUGGCUAUCCUUACGUUGGAGGACCAUCCAAAGUUGUUGCCUGUGCCAAGCAUUUCGUGGGUGAUGGAGGGACAGUGAAGGGAAUUGAUGAGAACAACACAGUGACCACUUAUAGGCAGCUCGUUCAAGUUCAUAUGGGUCCUUAUCUUGAUGCAAUCGCCAUGGGUGUUUCAACCAUCAUGAUUUCGUACUCCAGCUUCAAUGGCAUCAAGAUGCACGCUAAUCGUUUCCUGGUUACCGAAGUAUUGAAAAAUCGUCUCGGGUUUCAGGGAUUCCUGAUAUCUGACUGGGAAGCCAUUGAUAGAAUCACCGAUCCACCCAAGCAAAACUACACGUACUCUGUCUUGACUUCGGUCAAUGCAGGUAUCGACAUGAUCAUGGUUCCGUUCGAUUACCAAAACUUCAUCAACAUCCUCACUGGACUCGUAAAAUCCGGAGCCGUCAGCCAGAGCAGGAUAGACGACGCCGUGACCAGGAUCCUCAGAGUCAAAUUUGCUGCUGGACUGUUCGAAGCGCCGAAGGCAAAUAGGAAGCUCAACAACAAAGUCGGCGCAGAGGACCACCGAGAGCUAGCCAGGGAAGCCGUGAGAAAGUCACUCGUGCUCUUGAAAAACUCAGCCAGGAGUGGAUCUAGCAAGAACAUCCUGCCACUCAGCAAGACGGCGCCCAAGAUUCUAGUGGCUGGAACACACGCUGAUGACUUGGGACUUCAGUGUGGAGGAUGGACAAUCACCUGGCAAGGUGGCAGUGGACAAACAACAAUCGGAACUACGAUUCGCCAAGCAAUUGCCAACACCGUGAGCCAAUCCACGCAAGUUGUCUACGAGCAGUCCCCAGACGCCAACUUCGUCAAGGACAAAGGCUUCUCGUACGCGGUGGUGGUGAUCGGCGAGCAGCCUUACGCCGAGAUAGCCGGCGACAAUCUCAACUUGACAAUCCCCAGCCAAGGCAUCGACACCAUCCGGAACGUGUGCUCGUCCCUGCGCUGCGCGGUGGUGCUCAUCUCCGGUCGGCCGCUGGUGCUGGAGCCUCACAUCGAUAUGAUGGACGCGCUGGUGGCGGCGUGGCUUCCAGGUUCCGAGGGCCAAGGCGUGGCCGACGUGCUUUUCGGUGACCACGACUUCGUGGGGAAAUCGUCCAGGACGUGGUUCAAGCGCGUGGAUCAACUUCCCAUGAAUGUGGGAGACAUGGGCUAUGAUCCUCUCUUCCCGUACGGUUUUGGCAUGACAAUGCGGCAGCAGUAAGUUCUCUUUUCUUUGUUUCCGUACAGAUUAGUUCUAUAGAUUCUUUUGCGAGGAUCACAAAGAUUUUUAUCUGAUAAUACAUAGAGGGGAAUGUUUAUAACUUC